AUGUGUGAAGAAUUCUAUAAGGCAACCACAACCCGCAGUUCAACGGGUAGAUAUAUCGUACGGCUUCCAAGGAAUGAUAAUCCAGAGAUAAUUCUUGGAAAAUCUCGAGAAAUUGCUGAACGCCGCUUCCUGAGCCUGGAACGACGUCUCAAUCGAAAUCCUCCAAUUAAAAGUUCAUAUCACAAUUUCAUAAACGAAUACGCCCAGCUGGGGCACAUGAAGAAAAUUGAUAAUCCAGUAAACGAUUCCAGUCCUCAUUGCUACUUACCACACCACGCCGUUUUCAAAGAGUCGAGUACAUCAACGAAACUGAGAGUUGUAUUCGACGCAUCAUGUAAAACCUCGUCCGGAUAUUCGCUGAACGAUACCUUAUUAGUUGGUCCUGUCGUUCAGCAAGACCUUCUUUCCAUUGUGAUGAGAUUUAGAACACAUCCCAUCGCUCUUGUUGCGGAAAUCGAGAAGAUGUACCGGCAAAUAGAACUUCAUUCAGAUGAUCAACCCUUUCAGCGUAUCCUCUGGCGUUCAAACCCAACUGAUCAACUUUCUACGUUUGAAUUGCAAACAGUUACGUACGGUACUGCGUACGCACCGUAUUUGGCCACCAGAACAUUGCAACAGUUAGCGAAAGAUGAAGAACUUUCCUGCCCAGUCGCUUGCAAUGCUAUUCAGAAUGAUUUUUAUGUUGAUGAUCUACUGACGGACGCAUCAAACGUAAAGGCAGCUAUCCAGCUACGUCAGCAGCUUACAAGUAUCAUCGAGGCUGCAGGAUUUUCACUGAAGAAGCGGGCAUCGAACUCCCAUAAAGUACUGAAAGAUGUACCACCAGAAAAUUUGGUAAUUCAGUCGUUUUAUAACAUACAGAAAGAAGAAGCCAUUUCAACACUUGGAUUAAUGUGGGAUCCACAAUCAGACACUCUAAGAUUCAAGGUUCAGCUGCCUCCCCCAGCAGCAAUUUUGACCAAACGCAAGGUCAUGUCUUACAUAGCUCAAAUAUUUGAUCCUCUUGGUAUCGUGAGCCCGACGAUCACGAUGGCCAAAUUAUUUAUGCAGCGUUUGUGGGCGUUAAAGGCGAACGGCCAAAUCUGUGAAUGGGACGAUCCGCUUCCAGAGAGAAUGCAAGAAGAUUGGAGAAAAUUUCACAAUACGUUACAUAUAUUGAGCGAAAUACGUGCUCCCAGAUUCGUGCUUCAAAUUGACGCAUUCACUAUUCAACUACACUUUUUCGCCGAUGCUUCGGAGAAAGCCAAUAUUCUUUUGGGCCGAUUCAACAACGGUUCUUCAGUGGUUGCGCGCGUCACCAAGUCGCUGGAAGCUUUUGUGGCUAAUCGAGUGUCUCAAAUCCAGCAUUCAACAGAUGUUAAUAAUUGGCGACAUGUUCCUGGCAUAGACAAUCCUGCCGACGAUAUUUCCCGUGGAUUAAAUGCAGUUGAUAUUAUGAACUGCGAACGUUGGUGGAAUGGUCCAUCGUGGUUGUCGAAAUCAACAAAUUCAUGGCCGCAGCAAGUUAUAUCGUCAGAAGAAUCCGCUAGCGCAUCUUCAGAACAACGCAAAAUACCAGUCAUCGCAAUGAAUACGAUCGUACUUAAUUGGUGCAAUGAUUUAUUCGCACGCUACUCAUCGUUUGGAAAGUUACGACGUGUUGUUGCAUUCUGCAUGCGAUAUGUGCAUCGUCUACGUGAACUUGUUUCGUUGCAUCGUUCCAGUCCUGAUUCAUAUGAAAAACCAAGCGUCAACACCGACACAGCAAAUAUACUCCCGUUAAAUACCGAUGAACUCAAUCAAGCUGAAAUAAAAUUAUGCCAUCUGGCGCAACAAGAAAAUUUCCCCGAAGAUAUCAACGAUCUGCAAGAGAAAAAUCGUGUCUCGAACUCAUCACCGCUUAGAUUUCUGAAACCAUUCAUUGACCCGAUCGGCAUUAUUCGCGUUUGUGGCCGGCUACACAAUGCCGCGUUGCCACACAACAUCAAACACCCAAUGGUUCUAUCUGCGAAGCACCCACUCACUGUUCUGUUAACCAGACAUUUCCAUCUCAAGCUACUGCACGCAGGUCCUCAACUCCUGCUAGCCACACUUCGCCAGAAAUACUGGAUUCUGAGCGGUAGAAAUCUCACAAAAUUCGUCUAUCACCAUUGCCACACUUGCUUUCGAAGCAAGCCCACAUUGGUGCAGCAAAGCAUAGCAGAUCUUCCAGCGUCACGAGUCUCACCAGCUCGACCUUUUUCCAUAUGCGGAGUGGAUUACUGCGGACCAUUUUUCGUUAAAUCCGCAGUAAGGAAACAUGGUCCCACCAAAGUUUAUGUCGCUAUCUUCGUUUGUUUCUCGACCAGAGCGGUUCAUAUAGAGCUCGUAAGCGACUUAUCCACAGCAGCGUUCCUGGCAAGUCUUCGAAGAUUCGUCGCACGUCGUGGUAAAAUCGUCGAAAUUAACUCCGACAAUGCUACCACAUUUAAGGGAGCUUCACAUGCUUUAAACAAAGUCUAUCGCAUGCUGAAGAUUGAAGAAGGAGAACGCCAACAUAUUUUCAAUUGGAGUUCGGAGAAUGAAAUCCACUGGAAAUUCAUCCCACACCGGGCGCCAUAUUUUGGGGGACUGUGGGAGGCUGCCGUAAAGUCAGCAAAAACGCACAUGCUGAAGGUACUGAACAACGUCAACAUCCGAUACGAGGACUUGCUCACACUGUUAGCACAAGUGGAAAUGUGCCUAAAUUCGCGUCCACUCACCCCGAUGUCAACCGAUCCUUCCGAUCUCGAUGUUCUUACUCCAGGGCAUUUUUUGACUGGAAGUAAUCUUCAAGCUGUUCCCGAAGCCGAUUAG